UCCUCAGAGAUCUGAAAGAGCUUCGCGAGCAACUUUCGCGGCUUGGCUACGACGCACCGAGACGGAAUUACGGCCUUGGGGAAGACCUGCCACCAACGCUAUUCGAGAAACACGGCAGUGCGACUAAAGGUGGCCCACGGAUCGCAGCAGUCCACAAAUGGGAUGAAAGCUCGUCGUCCGCGCGCAAGCGCAAAUUGGCGGAGUAUGAUGUGGAGUAUGAUGACCGGCCUACUAAAGACACGUCGAAACCCUACAUUACCAGCAAGGCCAUGAUGCCACCUCAGCUGCCCAAGCCAAAGGCGCAGAAUCUAGCAGCCAAGCGAGCGAGCGAGCAGCCAAUGAGCAUUGAGUUGCGUGAGCCCUGCUUUCAGUCCCUUGACAUGCAAAGGUAUGAUGGUGGUAAACGGAGACAACCGCAGCAUACUGAACGCCACCAUGGCCCUCCACGGACCUUACCCAUUCGACUGUCGCCCAAAGCUGCGCAACUGCAGCACAUUCCCAGCAUUACAUUCCGCGAUCGAGCAUUCAUUGGACGAGGUGGCCGGCUGAGCUCAGCCUCGCUAGAGAAGCCUUCCAACUACCCGGGACAUGCAGACAGGCCUCCAGAGCGCUCAGCUAGAAUAGCUCCUAGUACUCCAUACGGUCGACAUGACGCUGCCGGUGCGCUGCCCUCACGAGCAUCCCAUCACGAUGCAGACUUCGGCACAUUCAUCCUGCAACAUGAGCAUAAUGAACGACGGCCUCUCCACCAUCUUCCUUUGUCGCAAACGGAUCGGCGACCGCCAAAAUUACUCACGAAUGACUACGUACCUGCUACACCCGGUCAUCCAAAGUCGACCCAUGCACCUUCGACUUCACUGCUCAGCCCGUUCUUCAAGCGCGGUGUUGCCUCCUCAGCAGCCUUGCAGCGCCCGCCCACUCGGGGCAGCCUCGUACAACCGGCUUACAUGGGCGGAGCUUCUCGACUUCUUCGAUCUCUCACUCGACUGCCUUCGCGUAAGGAAAGUACCCAGCCUGACCGCUACCGGCAAAGCCUCAAUGGCCUGUCGUUCAUUGAACAGCCUCACGAUCCAGCAGAUCACCGGCCGCUAUAUCGGUCUCCGGAACACAGUACAAGGGUCGGGGAACAUAAUGAUCUCGAUGAGUCUUCAUCACAAAUGUUGCGCAACAGACUUGGUCUGUUCGAACUCCGUGACCGAACACCUGCAUCCAGCGGGUACAGGCCUAUCCGCCUCCAGUCUCGAGCGCGCCGUGGCCGCAUCAGCUUGCUCCCUGAUCAAGCACAUUCGUUGUCGUUUUCAGGAUGCGAAGAGCAGACGCUCUCCAAAAUACGUGGCGUUCGCGGUUUAAGCUCGCAUGAUCCUCAUCCGAGCCGCUACACCAAAGACCCGCUGUAUGAUACCGUUCGGCCAGUAUUCACAUCGGCGGGCGGGAGACGAAGUGUUAGGCGCUGAGCAGUAAGCUCGCAUGCAGUGACUGUCAACAGCGGCGGGUGUGCGAUGCC